GCCACUCGAAAUUCUUAUCAGACAGUCGGGAUUUGGUAUAAAUACUGCACGGUCUGGUUGGUUUAGCAUCAAGUCAAUAGAGUUGACAAUGAGAACUCUCACAAUUCUAACAGUAGCGCUGUUAGCUGCUUCGGCAGUUCAGGUCUCCGAAGCCUCCGCCUUAAGAUGGUUCGGAUUAGGGCGUCACGCCAAAGCAGUAGAUGAACCUGCACCACCACCAACUGGACCACCUCCACCACCAGGACCACCGUCAAGUCCUCCUCCGCCUCCUCCUCCAUCUGGUGAACCUGCACCACCACCAACUGGACCACCUCCACCACCAGGUCCACCAUCAAGUCCUCCUCCGCCUCCUCCUCCAUCUGGUGAACCUGCACCACCACCAACUGGACCAGCUCCACCACCAGGACCACCAUCAAGUCCUCCUCCGCCUCCUCCUGCGUCUGUUAAACUUGCGCCAGCACCAACUGGACCACCUCCACCUCCAGGACCACCGUCAAGUCCUCCUCCGCCUCCUCCUCCAUCUGGUGAACCUUCACCACCACCAACUGGACCACCUCCACCACCAGGUCCACCAUCUAGUCCACCUCCGCCUCCUCCUCCAUCUGGUGAACCUGCACCACCACCAACUGGACCACCUCCACCACCAGGACCACCAUCAAGUCCUCCUCCGCCUCCUCCUGCGUCUGUUAAACUUGCGCCAGCACCAACUGGACCACCUCCACCACCAGGACCACCAUCAAGUCCUCCUCCGCCUCCUCCUCCAUCUGGUGAACCUGCACCACCACCAACUGGAACAUCUCUACCACCACCAACUGGAACACCUCCACCAUCACCAACUGGAACACCUCCACCACCACCAACUGGAUCACCUCCACCACCAGGAUCACCAUCAAGUCCUCCUCCGUCUCCUCCUGCGUCUGUUAAACUUGCGCCAGCACCAACUGGACCACCUCCACCACCAGGACCACCAUCAAGUCCUCCUCCGCCUCCUCCUCCAUCUGGUGAACCUGCACCACCACCAACUGGAACACCUCUACCACCACCAACUGGAACACCUCCACCACCACCAACUGGAACACCUCCACCACCACCAACUGGAUCCCCUCCACCACCAGGACCAUCAUCAAGUCCUCCUCCGCCUUCUUCUGCGUCUGUUAAACUUGCGCCAGCACCAACUGGACCACCUCCACCACCAGGACCGCCAUCAAGUCCUCCUCCACCUCCUCCUCCAUCUGAUGAACCUGCACCACCACCAACUGGACCACCACCACCACCAGGACCACCAUCAAGUCCUCCUCCGCCUCCUCCAUCUGGUGAGCCAGCACCACCACCAACUGGACCACCUCCACCACCAGGACCACAAUCAACUCCUCCUCCACGCGUCUGACUGACCUUUUUCACCAUCUGGCAGAACAAAUCCAAUGCCCAAACUAAAUAAUGCCUCUCUAGCAAAAGAGGCAUUUUAUCAUUUUAAUAAAAAAUCACUUAAAUAUUAUUUCAGUCUUUCUAUAAAUCCCACAUCCCACUUUUUUCACAUAAGGUAAUGGAUAUAGAUAUCAAA